UUCUGAGAUUUUUCUGAAGGCAACCAAAUACCCAUUUUACAAUUUCUCUCAAAAAUCAAGGGAAUUAAUUAGAUUUAUUAGUAUAAUUAAUCGAUCACACGGUUUCAAGAUUCUUGAUUUUUUUAAAAAAAAUUUGCUUGAAGAAGUUGAUUGAUAAGUUUCAAUGGGGACGCCGGCAUUUCCAAAUCUUGGAAAACACUGUUUCGUAGAUGAUUGCCGGCAGAUUGAUUUCUUGCCUUUUACCUGCGAUUGUUGUCACCAGGUGUUUUGUCUAGAGCAUCGGAGCUAUAACAGACACCACUGUCCAACAGCGAACAAGAAUGAUGUUACUGUGGUUGUUUGCCCACUCUGUGCAAAAGGAGUACACCUUAUUCCUGAUGAAGACCCGAAUAUAACUUGGGAAUCACAUGUAAACACGGAGUGCGAUCCAUCAAACUACGAAAAAGCCACAAAGAAAAGAAAAUGUCCUGUACCUGGCUGCAGAGAGUUCUUGACUUUCUCAAACACAAUCAAGUGUCGAGAGUGUACUGUAGAUCAUUGUUUGAAGCAUCGGUUUGGACCUGAUCACAAAUGUCCUGGACGUAAGAAACCUGAAGCAGCAUUCCCGUUUAUGAACUUUCGAACUGGCAGUAGAAAAGACGACCCCAAGAAAGCUCCGGCCACAUCAUCCUCUAGUUGGACGUCAUCCUUCUUCAAGGCAGCUGAAGCUGGAAUGGCAAAAUUGGGCAGCGGAAGGGGCCAAAGCAGCAAUGCCACAAACCAUAGUGGGAGUGCUAACGGGCAAGUUGAGCAAUGCCCGCAAUGCACUCUAAGGUUUUCUUCAGUCACAGCUCUCGUGAGUCACGUACAGAAAGUCCACGAAAAGAACGGUGUCAUGAACCUGACAGUCGAUGUCUGCCCCAGAUGUAGCAAAGGUUUUCGCGAUCCAGUGUCCCUCGUAGAACAUGUUGAAAGAGUACAUAAAGGAACUUCAAAGGCAUAGGGGAGAUCAAUGUAAAGAAGGAAAUUGCAGCAUUCUUAUUGUUAUUUUUAAUUCAAAAACAGUAGUCAGCUCAUUUGAGAAUUGCAUUGCUCUUUUGGAGUGGGGGUGGGGUGGCGUGGAUCAAAGGGAGGGGGGUGGAUCCGUCCUUUCUCCCCCUUCGU